AUGGACGAGAUAAUUGAAAGUGUCAAUGAAAUUAAUGCCGGUUUUAAAAUGAACAAUCGUCGCCUGAGGGUACUCUGCUAUGCGGAUGACGCACUCCUGGUGGCUGAAAAUGAGGACGACUUACAGCGCCUCCUACAUAGAUUCAACUUGACGGCGCAAAAACUCAACAUGGAAAUCUCGUGCGAAAAAACUCAGUCUAUGGUAGUAUCCAAAGAACCGAUACGAUGCAAGUUGGUGGUAAAUGGGAGUAUUGUGAAUCAGGUCAUGAAUGUCAGCUAUCUAGGUGUGGAAACAUCGAGCAAUAGAUGUGUAGCGAAUGAAGUGGACAGUCAGGUGAAGAAGGCAGCAAGAAUAUCAGGUUGUUUGCAGGAUGUAAUAUGGAGAAAUAAGUAUAUGUCUACAGAAAGUAAAACGCGAAUUUAUAAGACCUGUAUAAGGCCAAUAUUGACUUACGCUGCUGAAACAAGAGCAGAAACAUCGGAAACAAAGAGGAAAAUGAGAACAACUGAAAUGAGGAUAUUGCGGACAAUAAGGGGAAUAACACUGAGAGACAGAAUACGCAAUACGGACACUCUGCGGGAGUUAGGAAUACGGGAUGUUUUUCGAUGGGUGAGAACAAGGCGCCGCUAUUGGAGGGAUCACGUGGAUCGAAUGGGUCCAGAUCGAAUUGCAAAGUGGGCCAAAACGCAAAAACCAGGAACAAGGCGACCAGUUGGUAGACCCCCAAAACGUUGGCAUGACAGCUGGACAUCAGUAACACAAGAAGGCAGAUGA